AUGCAGCUCUUGGCUCCACUCGUCGCUCUAUUCGGACUCGCUGUCACCGUCAACGGUGCAUGCAGCGGAUCCAACGCCCGUGUCACUCCUCCACCAGGGGCCAUCGUCGUCGACGCCUCGGGUGCUCACUCUGGCAGCUUCCGGACCUUGUCGCAAGGCGUCUCAAAGCUUACCGGUACAACGGCGCAGCAAACCCUCUUCGUGUUCCCCGGUGUAUACCAUGAGCAAGUGAGCGUGCCGAAGCUCAAUGGUCCGUUGGUUCUUCAAGGCUACACAUGUGACACCAAGUCGUACGCUGCCAACCAAGUGACGAUCACCCACGCUAUGGCUCAGAAGAACAUCCCCGCGUCGAUCAAGAAGAACCGCAACGACCUGACCACGACUCUUCUCCUCAAGUCCGACAACGUCAAGGUGUACAACCUUAACGUGGCCAACACGGCCGGCAACGUCGGCCAGGCCAUUGCCGACAAGGCUGACGGCGCCAACUACGGCUUCUACGCGUGCGACUUCACGGGAUACCAGGACACGCUUUACGCCAGCAAGGGCCCGAACCUCUACGCCAGGUCGUACAUCAGCGGCGCCGUCGACUUCGUGUUUGGUCAGUACGCCAAGGCGUGGUUCGAAUCAUGCGAUAUCGUGUCCAUCGGCAAGGGCUGCAUCGCUGCUAACGGCCGAGACUCCGCAACCAACCCGUCUGGGUUCGUUUUCAACAACGCGCGGGUGACCGACACUGGUGGCGUUGGAACGGCCUACCUUGGUCGCCCCUGGAAGUCCUACUCGCGCGCAGUGUGGCAGAACAGCGACCUUAGCAACGCAAUCAACCCCGAAGGCUGGCAAAAGUGGAACGGGGACAACAACGUCGCAAAUGUGUUCUUGAAGGAAUACAACAACCGCGGCGCUGGUGCUGCUGUCAACAAGCGUGUGGGCUUCAGUGGGAGACUCUCGAAGCCUGUGCCUAUCACGGAAAUCCUCGGAGCGAACUUGGUGGGUCGACACCAGUUUCUUGUAAGAAAGCUGACACCAGUGCCGCGUACUAAACUAGCGGGUUAG